AUGAACUGCCCAUCCCGUACAUGUCAGCCUGACCAAUUCAAAUGUGAAGAUGGGAACUGUAUACAUGGCACUCGACAAUGUGAUGGUGUAAGAGACUGCCUUGAUGGCACUGAUGAAAUCCGCUGCAAAAAUGUCAUUCAGUGUUCAGGACCUGGCAAAUUCAAGUGCAGAUCUGGUGAGUGCAUCAGUUUAAACAAGGUUUGCAACCAGGAGAUUGAUUGCAAAGAUGGCAGCGAUGAACCUGCAAAGGAUUGUGGUGUAGAUGAAUGUUUGAUCAAUAAUGGAGGUUGCUCACACUACUGCCGAAAUCUGGUUAUUGGCUAUGAAUGUGAAUGUCCAGCUGGCUUUGAACUGAUUGACAGAAAGAUAUGUGGUGAUAUUAAUGAGUGCCAAAAUCCAGGAAUCUGCAGUCAAAUAUGUGUCAAUCUGAAGGGAGGCUAUAAGUGCGAAUGCAGCAAAGGGUACCAGAUGGACCUAUAUACUGGAGUGUGCAAGGCAAUAGGUAGGGAACCAAGUCUCAUAUUUACAAACCGCAGAGAUAUCCGGAAGGUUGGACUUGAAAGAAAGGAAUAUAUUCAGUUGGUGGAGCAGUUGCGAAAUACAGUGGCCCUGGAUGCUGAUAUUCAAGGACAAAAUCUGUUCUGGGCUGACAUAAAUCAAAAGGCAAUAUUUCGAGCAUCGAUGGAUAUUCGUGACAGAAUAGGACACCAUAUGAAGGUUGUAGAAGGCCUGCACACUCCUACAGCCAUUGCUGUUGACUGGAUCUACAAGAAUAUUUAUUGGGCAGAUGUUGGUUUGAAGACCAUCUCCGUGUCAAAUUUCAGUGGGUCUAAAAGGAGGGUCUUAUUCAGCACACAGUUGAAUGAUCCAUCAUCCAUAGCUAUUGAUCCUAUAUCUGGAUUUAUCUACUGGUCAGACUGGGGAGAAGCUGCCAGAAUUGAAAAGGCCGGAAUGAAUGGAAUAGACCGUCAGUCACUGGUUACAACUGAUAUCCAGCGCCCAAGUGGAAUUGUUUUGGAUUUGGUGAAAAGCCGUCUCUAUUGGCUUGAUUUGAAGCUGCACCAGCUCUGCAGCGUGGAUCUAAAUGGCCAGAACCGCCGGAUUAUCUUGAAAUCACAUGAAUUUCUGGCUUAUCCUCUUGCCCUUACAAUUUUUGAGGUAUUUAAUCUUUCAUGUAGUUGA